UCAAGGGUCUCCUUCUCUUGCUAUAUAAGGCACUCAGUUUCACGGAGGUAACUCAGUUCCCUACGAGCCUCACGAAAAUCGCCAAAUAGCAGCAGCAGCCUGGUCAUCUAAUAAGAAAACAAUCCAGCUCUCCAGCGCGCCCUGGAAGGAUUGAGGUUGUUUGGACUCCUGAGAAGCAUCAUUCACAGAAAAAGCUCCUAAAGUCUGAAGAUUUAUCCCAGACUGCUGAAGUGUCAGAAUGACCCACUCUGCCUCAUCUUGCCUCCUCUUCCUCUCCCUUCUGGUUUCCUGCGUCACUGACUCGUCUUCCCUCUUCCUGCCGGAUUCAAAGGAACUAUGGAAUCUGCUGAGCCGCUAUGAGCAGGAAGGAGACCAGAACGGCAUUAGCUCCACAGCUGGCAACAGAACCAGACGAGCCAUUCUCUGGUCAGACCGUGAGGAGAUCCUCCAGCUGCACAACAAGCUGAGGGGAAGUGUUUACCCAACUGCCUCAAACAUGGAGUACAUGGUCUGGGAUGAUGUGCUGGAGCAGUCGGCUACUCAUUGGUCUGAGGAGUGUCAGUGGGACCAUGGACCUCAAGACCUCCUCAUGUCAAUUGGACAAAACCUGGCAGUUCACUGGGGGAGAUAUCGCUCACCUGCCUUCCAUGUCCAGGCUUGGUAUGACGAAGUAAAAGACUACACCUACCCUUACCCUCAGGAGUGCAACCCGUGGUGCCCUGACCGCUGCUCCGGGCCCAUGUGUACCCACUAUACCCAGCUGGUCUGGGCAACCACAAACCGAGUGGGCUGUGCUGUGCACAUCUGUCCAAAGAUGAACGUGUGGGGAGAAAUAUGGGAGAAUGCUGUUUACCUUGUGUGCAACUAUUCCCCAAAGGGGAACUGGAUUGGAGAGGCACCAUAUCAGCAUGGUCGCCCUUGUUCUCAGUGUCCUCCAAGUUAUGGAGGAGGAUGUAGAAGCAACCUGUGCUACAAAGACUCUCAGCGCUCGGAGACAGAAGACAUGAAUGAGGUGGAAAAGCCUCAGGUACCACUGCCACCUCGGCCUACCUCCAAACCAACCCCCAGACCUCCCAGGAAACCUGCAACCAAGCCCUCCUCUCCUAAACCUGUCCCCCCAAGGACAUCAUCCCCAAAGAAUCCCAACAACCCUUAUCUUGCUCACAACAUUAAGUGUGAGACUAGACUGCGGGAUAAGUGUAAGGGAGCAACCUGCAACAGACACAACUGUCCUGCAAAUUGUUUAAAUAAGAAAGCAAAGGUGUGGGGGACUGUUUCCUAUGAUGUGCAAUCAAGUAUUUGCCGCGCUGCUAUCCAUGCUGGGGUCAUCGACAACAAUGGAGGGCUGGUUGACAUCACGAGGACAGAGAAGUUGCCUUUCUUUGUCAAAUCCACAAAAAAUGGAGUGGAGUCUCUCAGCAAAUAUAAACCUGGAAACUCCUUUUUGGUGGUCAAAGUGGAAGAAUAUAAUGCGGAUUGCUACGCCACAGUAGCUGAAAUCUGCCCUUUUAAACAACCAUUCUCACACUGUCCAAGAAUCAUCUGUCCAACCAGCUGUAAGAGUCAGCCUUCUUACUGGUCGCCAGUCAUUGGAAGCAACAUAUAUGCAGACACGUCUAGCAUUUGUAAAGCAGCCAUCCAUGCAGGAGUAAUCAAAGCAGACGGUGGUUUUGUCGAUGUUCUGCCACUGGAAAGAAGAAAGAGCUAUACUGGAGUCCUGAAAAAUGGCAUCCAAUCUGAAAGCAAAAGCAACACAGACGGAGGCUCUUUUAGAGUUUUUGCCGUGAAGGUGUGACACUUCUGAUGUCUGAGGACCAACAGAGUUAGCUGAGCUGGUUUGGAAAAGCAGAAGGUGCCCACUGGUUGUGCAGUGGAGUCCUAAACAACAAAGACCCACCAUGUAUCACUGUAAUCUCCAGUAAAAAUGCUUCAUUAUCAUUUGGCCAUAUAGUAUUUUGAUGGCCUGAAUUUUUACUUGUCUUUUCAUAUGCAUACAUAAUCUGUGAAUACAGAAGAUUUUAUAGAUAUUAUUAUAAACUGAACAGCAGGUGCUAAAAUAUUUUAGUUACACAGAAAUAAUUGUUAACAAUAUUGUUCACAUUAAACAUAUACGUUGAAUUUUAUACAUAAGAAUGUAUACUGAUCACACUGUAUUUAAUCCUUUUGUACAGAAUAUAUAUUUUUCUGUUUUUUACAAUUAUUACAGUAUACUAAUGUUUAUGUUUUUAUGAGUUAAUUUCUUAGGUUAUUUUGUUAUAAUUGGCUUUCUGCUGUUGUAACAUUUACACAAUAGGCUAUAAAACUGUAGUUUUUGACCGACAACUUUUCUCUCUUUGUAGUUUUCAAAUUAGAUGAGAUGUUUUAGUAGGAUUUUCUGUGUCCCAAACUGUAACCUGUGGUCCAAGAUAGAGUCUUGACCCAAAACCUUAAAACUCCUGAUUCUUACUGUCAAGUCAUGUCCAAGUGUGGAUUGCAUUUAAAAGGUAAACCAGUGGGCAGUGUUUGUGUAGGAGCCAGUCACAGAGGCAGAGAGUUUCUGAAGGAUGAAGUAGUGGGAGUAUAUCAAACACCAGUUGCAUUUUUAAAAGAUGACCUCCAAUAUCUCAGUUUUAAGUGCUUGCUAAUUGCUCCAGUCAUUUCUUGAUGCCUUGAUGGCCAUGUUGUAUAUAUAAGAAUGCAGUGAUGUCCCUGCUUUCACCUAUGACGAUUGAAUGUGUUGCAUGGUUCAGGUAGAGAUAUGUUUUUAUUUUAAUGGGUCGAGUAUGUUGAAAGUUUGUAACAUUGAACUGCAGUUUGUGCACUUUGGAACAACUGACUCUAUGCAGCACAAUUAGAAAAGACACCCAUGUUUGUCACUAUGCUGAUUUGCGUCAUUGUUUUAUUAUAGAAAAGAUCAUGCUUCUUUUUUCAUAUUAUUGAUAAAACAAAUAAAUUAUGUUUUGUUGGCCUGUUAUGUUCGGCUAUGGUCCUAAAGCACAGUAGACAUGUUAAAGCACCUUUAAGCGUUGCUCCUCCUGUUUUAUAUUUCUUAAGAUUAAAACCAUAUUUUUAGCGACAGUGAUAAUCUAGAAAAUAAUGCUGCCAUCUGUCUUUUUGCGUACUAUGUCUUUCUAUCUCUUUAUUCUACCUCAGUCCUUUUGCUUUGCUCAGCAGUAUUCCUUGGGGGGGGGGGGGGGAUUUGUUGUAAAAAAAGCUUUGUAAAAUAGGGCAACUGUAAAUAAUAGGAUCUUUGUUUUUGAAUCUUUGUUCUCUAAAAGUAUGAUCAAAACAUGUAUAUUUGCUUUAGUUGUCUGUGCUGUAUUUUUCUUUAACAGAUGUGGUGUAUGUCCUAUACUUUGCACAAUCUGAAAAUAAAGUAUGUGUUACAAAUGCAAA